GAAGUUGUUGUCAGUUGUCAGUAGUAGUGCUAUCACCAAACAUUGGAAAUAUGUCUACUUUUCUCCUCUAAAGCCGUAGACAUAUAAAAACAACUCUGGAGGAAGCCGUCGCCUUGUUGGAGUUAUAUUUAGUCGUAAUGAUAAUUUCAUUUUCAUGGGCUAUUUAUUUUAUAUUCGUGUCGAAGCCGCUGUUUGGGAAAAACUAGCUAACGUUAGCAAUGGCUCGAUGACACAGACUGCACUUUAGCAGAAGACUUUGACUGUAUAAGACCCUGUUGUUUGCUCUUGUAAAGGAGCACGGAGACAAAAUGGAUUUCUCUAAGUUUUUGGACGAUGAUUUUGAUGUGAAAGACUGGGUGAAUGGAGCCUUUAAGGUGGUGCAGAAGGACGCGCCGGGGAAGGCGGACACUCACGCAGCUACACUGGUCAUGAAGCUCCAGCUGUUCAUCCAGGAAGUCAACAAUGCCAUUGAGGAGACCAGUAAUCAGGCGCUCCAAAACAUGCCCAGAGUUCUGCGAGAUGUGGAGGCUCUGAAACAGGAGGCAUCUUUUCUCAAGGACCAGAUGGUUCUGGUCAAAGAGGACAUCAAGAAGUUUGAGCAGGACACUGUGCAGUCUAUGCAGGUCCUGGUGGAGAUAGAUCAAGUGAAGGGCCGCAUGCAGCUAGCAGCUGAAGCUCUGCAGGAGGCGGACAAGUGGAGCACACUAAGUGCAGACAUCGAGGAGACCUUUAAAACACAGGACCUUGCGGUAAUCUCCUCCAAGCUGACCAGCAUGCAGAACAGCCUGGCCAUGUUGGUGGACACCCCGGACUACUCUGAAAAGUGUGUCCACCUGGAGGCUCUGAAAAACAGACUGGAGGCUCUGGCCAGCCCACAGAUUGUGGCAACUUUUAAUUCCAUGUCUAUAGACCAAGCCAAGCUGUUUGUUAAAGUCUUCACAGAGAUAGACCGAAUGCCACAGCUCCUUGCAUACUACUACAAGUGUCAUAAGGGUCAGUUGGUGAACAUGUGGCAGGAUCUGUCUCAGAGUGAACUCGGCCUGAAUCAGCAGCUGUCUGAGUUUUACGACACCUUACUGUCUACGUGGCACGCCCAGCUACAGUGGAGCAGCCAGGUGUUUAAGAACCCGUACGAGGUGGUGACAGUGUUGCUCAUCCAAACCCUCGGUGCCAUGGUUCCCUCCAUUCCUGUCUGUCUCAGUGCGGCUGUGGAGCGCUCCGCCCAAGAGCAGCGUCUCGACACCCUUCUUGAGCUCCAUCACACCGCCUCCACCUUUGGACAUGGCCUGGAGUCUGCCAUGCUACCACAUCUGGGUGAGAAUAAUCUGCUGAAGGUGAAUGAGCUGGUGUGUGCGCUGUAUGACCCUUACAAACCUUACCAGCUUCAGUACGGAGAGCUGGAGGAAGCUCACCUGCUCAUUCAGAUCAGUGCUGUACCUUUGGAACACGGGGAGGUCAUUGAUUGUGUGGAGGAGUUGAGUCACUCUGUUGGGAAGUUGUUCAGUCUGGCCAGUGCUGCUGUGGACCGCUGUGUUAAAAUGUCUGAUGGGCUCGCUGUGUGUGGCCUCCUUAAAGCCCUCAAAGCUCUGUUCACUAAGUAUGUGUCGGACUUCUCCACAACACUGCAGUCAAUCAGAAAGAAGUGUAAACUGGAGGAUACACCAAGUUCAGCUGUUUUCCAGGAAGACUGGACAGCUUUCCAGAACUCAGUCAGGAUUAUUGCCACUUGUGGAGAGUUACUGAGACAAUGUGGGGCCUUUGAGCAGCAGCUGUCAAACAAGAUUCUUGGCACAGCAGGUAAGUAUCUAUCAGAGUCGUACAGCCCACGCAGCCUCACAGGCAUCCAAGAAGCCAGCUCCACUGAGAGGAAGAGUGCCACCAAGAACCCCUGGCAGGAAUACAACUACCUUCAGAGGGGAAACAUGGCUGAAUACAACAGCCUGAUGGAGGUCCUCUACUCCUUAAAGGAGAAGGGCACAGGUAACUCCAGCCUGUUAGCAGAGCCUAGAGCAGCUCUGACCAGACUCAACCAACAGGCCAACCAGCUGGCCUUUGACUCGGUCUUCCUGCAGAUCAAACACCAGCUCAUUCUCGUCUCCAAGAUGGAGAGACAGGAGGAACCUGGUAUAGGAGAGAGCUACACAGAGGACCUGCCUACUUUCAGCCUGUCACCACAAGAAUACAUCACAAAUAUAGGGCAGUACCUGAUGUCUCUGCCCCUCCACUUGGAGCCAUUUGUUACACAGGAAGACCCGGCUCUAGAGAUGGCCCUGCAUGCUGGGAAGCUUCCUUUCCCUCCAGAGCAAGGUGAUGACCUCCCUGAAUUGGACAACACAGCAGACUACUGGCUGGGCUCCAUCGCACGUGCAACCAUGCAGACGUACUGUGACGCCAUCCUUCUCAUUCCCCAACUCGGCACCCAUUCCACCAAACAGCUGGCCACAGAUAUCGACUAUCUGUGUAAUGUGAUGGACGCUCUGGGCCUGCAGCCGUCCCGCACUCUCCAGCACAUCGUCACCCUGCUCAGGGCGAAACCAGAAGAAUACAGACAGACAGCCAAACUGCUGCCCCGCCGCCUGGCUUCCACCAUCGCUGCCCUUAGACUCAUUGACUACUAACAACAGAGAAGAUGAAGUAUGGACUCUUCAUGUUUAAAGGAUCUCAGAGCUGUGACCUGGACUCACAGGCAGGUUUUACCCAGGUUGAUGAAGAAUGUUAUAUCAGGCGUGAAGUUUACAUGUUACAGCUCCUUAAGUUUUAGUUUGGGGCUACAGCAUUUGGGAUUAUAGUCUUCUAAGGGAUAGAGAUUGAAAUCAGGGUUGGUACAGACUUUUUAUACUGAUUUAUGUUUGAUUUAAAUGAUGUUAUAAUGCCUUCAAGUCCAGCCAAAAGGGUCAAACUGUCCUCAAUGUCUUUGAUCUCUGCAUUUUAAAGUUGAUGAAGCAUUUAAGGAAGAAACAAAGGUACAUCAGGGGUUGUCUGAAAGCAUUUUAAAUCUAGAGGACCUUUAUAUUUGUUGUUAAUUAUUUGUCAUACUAACAUAUUUCAUCUAUGAUCUUAAAUUAUACAAACAAAAGAUCUGUCAAUCAGCAGUUGACAUAAAAAGGUGAAGGUAAGCGUUCUUGUUUGUCUCUGAUGUAGCAGAGGCUGGACUAACAAUACAGAUUGUCUUCAUUUCCAGAUUUCAAAAUGCAGUAUUGUGAAAAAAUCUGUACAUAAACACUGACAAAAACACUA